AUGUAUCGAUUACUCCCACGGAUUCGUGCAGCGGUAUCUGCGGCUGAACAUGGAGAGCAGGGCAAUGACGAUGAGGGUGGAACUGACGAUGGUAUGAGUGCGGACCACUAUUCGGACCAUUCGCUUGGCGCUGGGCUCCCUAUGGCGGAGCGGAAAAUGCGUUACAAAGUCCUCCAAAUCACUUUCCGGGAUCGAGAUGUGAACGCGAAUCCCGCGGGUUCCGAUCUGUCGUCUCUCGAGUCAAUGCCGUAUCCUCUUCCUUCUCAGAGCCGCAUGGCAACUUGCCAGGGAUGA